AUGGCGUGGGUACGGCGGGCCGCACCGCGACCUAUAGGUGCCCUCUUAAUCGUAACCAAGGGAAUAUCAGACAGCGAUCGGCGCGAUGCCUCUCGUCUCAUUAGCCUCGCCAAUAAAAUAAUUGAGAGUCUAUGUGGCGUCCGCCGGUGGGAGAGGGGGCGGCGGGGUGUUGGGCGGGGGCCGCCCGGGCUUCAGUGUUCGGCCGCCCGCCCUGAGGGUAGUACGUGUCCGCGACUCCUCCGCGCGUCACGUCACGAGUGCCCGCCUAACGUGUUGCUCGGAACACCUGCCCCCCUUGGCUGUGUAGUUAUUAAG